GGCAGAAAAAAAGUGUUUUAACGUCAGCAUGGCGCCAGUCAGUCGAGGUUGUCUUCGGGAACUAAAGAGGCAGCAGGGCGUCGCGGUAAAGAACUAGAGGGGCAGCAGUACAAGACAGAGUUAAAAAGAUGAGAGAACUCUUCACCUGCGGUUGUCUUCUCUUACUUUGUUGUAUUAAAGAGAUCAUUGGGGUGGACCCUAGGAGUGUUCUUUUUCACGGUAGAGAACGCGAAAACUGGGCAUGGGCCAAACCCACCUGCCAGUCGUCGACAUUAGGCUAUUCAUGGUUUAGGUCCAGUCACGCCGUCGAUGGAAGUCUGGCCAACGACGUAAAGUUUCGCUCCUGUACACACACACGAGUUCAGACACAUGCAUGGUGGAUAGUGGAUCUCAUAGAGACCAUCCGUGUGAAGGAAGUUUUCAUCAUGAACAGAGGCGACUGCUGUGGUAAUCGAACUAGAAAUUUCCACAUUGACGUUCACAAGGGUAACAUUUCUGCGCUACAGUUAGUCGGCUUGUGUCAUUACCAAAGUGAACCCCUCAAGUCUGGGAUGGCCAAGAGUUUCCGCUGCCCCUAUGAGCUGAUAGGUCAUUUCGUCCGACUGUGGAUUGACUAUGGCAACGUCGCCCUGAGCGUGUGUGAAAUCGAGGUGUAUGGUGCAAGGUAUAGGCAAUAUCCGCGUGACGGGCAAUGGGCGUUAAACAUGCCGGCCUCACAAUCAACAAGGCUCGCAAACGUUUCUAACGCCUCUAACGCCUCUAACGCCGUGGACGGUAACUACAACAACACCUUCUCUGCUGGCUCGUGCUCACACACCGAGUACGGCGACAUGAAGCCGUGGUGGCAAGUGGAUCUCUUACAGAUGUUGAUCGUCACCAGCGUCAAACUGUACAAUCGUGGAGAUUUGGGUGAGGAUCGACUCCACGACUUCCAGAUUGACGUGUUGGCACACGCAAACGACACAGAUCCCCAGAAAUGCAACGAGCAGACAGGGUCUCCAAUGGGGCACUCUUUCAAGUAUAAAUGUCUCCAGCACCUUCUAGGACGCAUCGUUCGCGUCACAAAAACGAUCGUUAACGGAAACCUCGACGUACUGUCGCUGUGUGAAGUCGAGGUGUACGGCAACAAACUGGUUUCAGAUCCUGAAUACCUGAAGAGUCGGGACAAUAUUGCUCUGUUCUACCAGCAGUGGCAGUCCGCGGGUCCGGACACCGGGGCCAGAGCCGUGGACGGCAAUAUGGUUAACAACGCUGCCGCCGGCUCGUGUUCCAUGGCAACCCGCGAUGAUCGAGGUAGUACCUGGUGGAAGGUCCAUUUCGGCUGGUUGUAUAUCGAAGCCGUCUUGAUCGUCUUCCGAGUUGACUGUUGUGAAAAUCAAGCUUCCCACUCUGGAAGUGUGGGUGUGCGAUGAGGAGGUGUUGUGU